AUGGCGUUUUCGUCGUCUUCGUCGGAGGAUAAUUUUGGGAUGUCGCGCUCUUUCCGGGAUGCCCGCUUCACUGGUAUUAAUAGUCCUUCCGAGGCGUCUAGUCGGGGCAAAGGGCCCGCAGGCCCGCAGUUCGAUAUCAUUGCUUGGUUUCCCAAAUACCAGAGCUGCCAACGCUACUUCAUCGACCAUGCCCAGCACGAACCCCUGGUGCAGGCGUUUGCGUCCUUCAUCAAUAUCCUUCUGCCCUUCCAGAGACAACCCCACCCCAUCUUCAGCUCGACAGGGUCUCGAAGCGGCAAAUCAAGGCUUGACAAAGACGCCACUCGGGGUUCCUCUUCAGAGGCAUCGGCAGCCGCAGCAGCAUCAGCCGUCUCGUUGAUUCCGUUUCUGCGCCGGCUGGUGGUCACGGGGAUGGACGUUCCACAGGUGUUGCAUGGCUUCUUCGGCGACGACUGGCAGGCAGGUGUUGGGCCACAGCGAGAGCAGGAGAGGCGGAACUACCUGUUCGCAGCCAAGAGCGGGGGGUGGGCGUCUGUCAAACGUGACUACGACAUGCUCCCUUUGGAAACAGUCCCGUUCAUGCGACCGCUUUAUGAGCCUACAGACGGUGAGCUUCAAGCGGCGGAGCGGUCGUGGAGCGAAUGGCUUGCGCUGGAGGAUUGGAUGGUCGGCCCCCGCGCGCCUCCGGAUUGA